CCAUUUUCUCAUGCGCUCCAGUCCCGCUUUUGCGGCGAUCCGCUCCGGAUUCCUGCUCCUUCACUCUGCUGUUUCUGCUCACUUUGCUUUCAGUAGUAGCGGCUUCGUCUCUGGCGGCGGGGCUGGAUUUUCUGUUUCCACCUCACCUUGGCUGGAUUCUCUUUGCAUUUUCGGAUAGUCUUUUCCUUCAUUGCCCGGUAUUCGUGGUCAGAAGGCCGAUGCCGUCACCUUCCGAUCGCUCCCGUUUGACCAUGGAUUGACUUCAAGCUUUUCUUUAACCCCCCAAACUGGAGAAAGCAGUCAGAUCCAUCGCUUCUCCUUGCCCGUCUUCUCCACACUACUAGCUGGCCAACUAGCUAAAUGUUUUCACCGGCUGGCUUCAAACCUCUCAGCUGCCGAAUGUUUAGUAACGUUGCUGCGGAGAAACUGUGAACUUCUUCGCUUCCCGGUCGCAAGGAGCGAAAGGGGCAGCGGAGGAUUUAAAAUACGGAUUUCCCCGAAGGUUUUUGUAUAAACACUAAUUAUUUUUUUUCUGAAAAGUGAUGGCGGAGCGGGGAGCACGAUUGCUCCUCUCCCUCUCUUGUCUCACCUUUCUUUAUUCGACCACCUUGACCAAGCAUGCUGACAAAGGGCCAAGCCCGAGGCUCUUCAUGCCGUUCUGGUUCUCGGUGGAGCCAGUGGACACCCUGGCGGUGCGCGGCGGCCCCGUCCUCCUGAACUGCUCGGUGCACAGCGACCUGCCCGCACGCGUGGACUGGAAGAAGGACGGCACCUUCCUGAACCUGGCGGCCGACGAGCGCCGGCAGCUGCUGGCGGACGGCUCGCUCCUGGUGGCCAGCGUGGUACACUCCAAGCACAACAAGCCCGACGAGGGCGUCUACCAGUGCGUGGCCUCCAUCGAGAGCCUGGGCAGCAUCGCCAGCCGCACGGCCCGCCUCAGCGUGGCGGCUCUUCCCAGGUUCUCCAGCCAGCCGGCACCAUCUGUGGCGCACCAGGGUGACAGCGCAGUAAUGAGCUGUGAGGGAAAUCCGGACCUGGUUCCCUUUGUCCGCUGGGAGCGCAACAGGGAGCGUGUGGCCCUGGACGGGCGGCUGAUCCAGCUCCCCAGCGGGGCACUGGUGGUCAGCAAUGCCUCGCAGGCCGACGCCGGCCUCUACCGCUGCGUGGUGGAGAACGUGGGCCCGGCUAAGCUCAGCGAAGAGGCAGAGCUGCAGGUCCUUCCAGAGACGGCAGCUGAGCGGAAGGUGGUGUUUCUGCGGCAGCCCCAGUCUGUCACCAGGAGCGUGGGGGACGGCGUGCUCCUGGCCUGCGUCGCCGUGGGAUACCCCACGCCCUACGUGCGCUGGAUGCUGGGAGAGCGGCCCAUCGCAAAUGGAGAGGAGCGGUUUGAAGUGGUGGGCGGGAGCAGUCUGCAGAUCUCCAACCUGACGGAAGGCGACGCGGGGAUGUACACCUGCCUGGCAGACAACGGCAACGAGACCAUCCAGGCGCAGGCCGAACUCACCAUCCAAG